UUUAUCUGCUUGACGUGAACUGGUUGAGGUUGCUGGAAAAAUGCGUUUCACCAAGUUGUGAAGUGAUUGCUUGGAAUUAAAGUUUGGUAGAAUUAGUUGUAGCAUGUCAUGAGUAAUCAUAAUCCUGAAAUUGUCUUGGAUGAGGCUGACUCCAAUCGUUCCAGUCAGCAGGCCAAUCCAACAACUAAAAAGAAAAGUGGAUUUCAAAUCACCAGUGUUACUGACAGUGGCCACGGUCGGCCCGCAUCAAUUGUUCGAGAUGGAGAAGAAAGUGCCGAUGACCUUGAUGAGUCACAUGCAUCGUAUUCUGACAUUUCAUAUUCCAGAGCGACUGAUGUCGAUCAUGAUCAAGAGAGUACUGCUUCAGAAGACACAUUAAACAUCAGUGCACAUGAUGGUGCAAUCGCAGUGCAUCCCGAUGGCAGUGGACUCUUAAAUCACUAUAGUGCUCACCAUCCCCAUUUACAGCAACCAUCUCACGUGGGACAGACGACUAUGCAUGAUACUUUUAAUAUUCCUAGUAAGCAAGUUGCACAAAAGGAUGUUAGCCAUGAUGUCAAAAAAGUACAUGAACUACCAGCUGUUGUUACAACUAUUUCCACAGACUCAACUUUGUAUAAUCAACACAGUGAACAUUUGGAAUCACCACAAGAAUUACCGCAUGACAAUGCAACUGGUUCUGUGGUGAAAGACAAAAAGUUGGUUGAUUCAGACAAAGGCAACGACAAAGCCAGUAUCACUCCAUCUACAGUGACUGGUGUAAAAGCACCUGGCACAAGAGUAUAUAAAGUGGUAAAAAGAGAGACUGCACACCCAGUUAAGCGCAUGCGUGGCAGAUGGAAUUGGUAUGAUUUUUCAGACACACAGGCGCCAAUGACUGGAGUUGCUCAAUCUAUUAGUGAAACACGAACUACAAGUGAUGUUACAUCUAUUCAUACUUUCUCAUACACAAACUCAUUAAUGUCACCAACUGCAGUACCUUUUUCAUUGCAACCAUCUGACAGUGCUUCAUCUCUUCUUAAGCAACAGUUAUAUUCUGCCGGUUUUCCCUCAAACAAUUCUUCUUCAUCUAUCAACUUGGAAGCCGUACUCGCAGCAAAACAUUUGAAAACUGAUGGAAGAGAUGUGCCAUUAAUGUCUCUUGGACCAUUGAGAAGUGCAAUGAAUGAUUAUGUGACAAGAACAUCUGGUGAUCCAUCUACUGGUGAUAUGAGUGUUUCCUCAAGAACUCUUAAAAUUGACAACAAGAUCGAAGCUGCGAUGGAUCUGGUGAAAAAACACCUGAUGUCAGCGGUCCGCGAUGAAGUUGAUGAACUCAAAGAGAAAAUUAAAGAUCUCACUGAAGAAACCAAUAGGUUGAAAAGUGAAAAUAAAGAAUUACGAUCAGUGUUACCAACGGAUGUUUUAUCACAGAUUCAAACUUCUGUUGUAGCAUCUAAGGAUACUCCCAAAGAAGCUCAGCAAAAUAUUGAAUCUUCAAAUAUGAUUACUGAAGGUGCUGCAUCGAGUUCAUCCAUAACUGCUUUUGAUCAUCCCGGGCAAAAAGGCAUGAGUUCUUCAUUGCCUCAAGAUAAUACCAACUCUACAUUUGUGGGAGUUCCACGACAGGCAGAUGGUAAAGUGAAAAUACCGGCUGUGAAUAUGCCUCCUACUUCUGCUCUCCAUACCGACAGGUCAGUGUAA